UCCCCUGAAAACUGCAGCAGGGUCGGGCCUGCUCACUGGCGGCUAGAAGUGCGGCGACCCGGACCCAGCCGCGCCGCUGAUUCACUUCAGAUUAUCACAUCACUCUAGGGGCCGGGGAAGGGAAAUGGCUGCAGUGGACCCGGCUCAGGUGAUGAGACGGUGAGUGAGGGCAAUGAAGAGAGUCCUUGUCCGGCACGUCCUGAGCGAAUGGAACCAAAGGGGUCGUUACUGGGAAGGUGUGAAGGGGAUGAUUCCCAGAGUCCUGGGCAGGGACAAGCCCAAGAAAAUCAGUGCAGCCCAGAGAAGCAGCAGGGAAACCCCCCAGGGAAGACACUGGAUGAAUCCACUCUCCAAGGUUUGGAGGAUUGUAAUGAGGCCACGAUCCAGCCGAGAACCUGCACUAAGGAGAAGCGUUUCGAAUGUGCUGAGUGCAGGAAACACUUCAGUUCUGGAUCACACCUUAUUAGACAUCAGAGAUCUCACACGGGAGAGACCCCCUAUAACUGCUCUGAGUGUGGGAAACAAUUCAAUGACCAAUCAAACCUUAUUAGACAUCAGCGAACCCACACAGGAGAGAGACCCCAUAAGUGCCGUGACUGCGGGAAAAACUUCAGUCAGAGGUCAGGCCUUAUUGUACAUCAGAGAAUCCACACAGGAGAGAAAUGCCAUAAAUGCCCUGACUGUGGACAAACCUUCACCCAGAGUGCACAUGUAACUAGACAUCAGAGGAUUCACACGGGCGAGAGACCCUAUGGAUGCCCAGAGUGUGGAGAAAGCUUCGCUUGUACCUCAGAUCUUAUUAUACACCUGAGAGUCCACACGGGAGAGAAACCCUAUAGCUGCCCCGACUGUGGACAAAGCUUCGCUCAGAGUCAUCACCUUACUGACCAUCGGAGAAUCCACACAGGAGAGAGACCCUAUACCUGCCCCGACUGUGGGAAUAGCUUCAGACAAAAAUCUGGUUUCAAUGUCCAUCGGAGAAGGCACACAGGAGAGUGCCCCUACAAAUGUUCCAUCUGUGGGGAAAGGUACAAGACCAAGAGUUCUCUAUUAUUCCACAUGGAACUUCACAUAGACUAGUGCCAGCCACUUCCCAUCCUCUCUGCAUCUGUAGAGAUGGGAGGAACGAUGGGGAUAAUAAACAGUUGCCCAAUUCCUUAGAGAAUCAAGUGGCACCACUAUUUACUUGUGUGUUGUGUGUCUCAGGAGGAAGGAGGCACCAGGAGAGUGACAUUAUUAUUAUUACUGUAUUGCAUUAUUCUCUCACACUCUCCCAUCCAUUCCUGGCUCUCUCUGUCAUGGGAAGGCUUUUAGCCAGCCGAAGGAUUUAGCUGAAUUUCCUGGUCCCUGUUUUCAGACGGGAGCUCGUUUUACAUUGUCGCACACUGGGACUUUUCUGGAAAUUGCUGCCCCGUGAGGCAUGUUCUCCCUAUUUCUGCAUGCUGGGGGAGCGGAGGGGUCUGAAGUUUCUGGAAAGUCUGAUGUCAGUGAAGUUUUUAUUGCUGAUUAAUUAUUUUCUCAGUAUUGUUCAAUUAUAUGUUUCUUUCCCCCAAAUAAGAUGCAAAUAAAACUUUUCUGGCA